AUGGGAAGUGGGGGGGAAGACAAAACCCAGAAAAUAUGGGAACAUAUGGGGAAUCCUGUUAUCUGUGUGUAUUUAUUUGUGAGUCCCGGGGCUCCUUCAAGGUUGCAGUCGCAGAUCACCUAUGUGAUUCGGUUGUUGAGGCUGGGCCUGACGAUGCAGAUGAUGUACGCGCUGCUGUACUGGCUGCAUCAGUGGGUCGGUUUCUGGGACGCCACGCCGGACCUUGACGAGUGGGUUAUGCCUAUCAACGUAGCCUUUUGGAUCGCGGUCCCAUUAUUCCUGAAUUACGUGGUGUGGACGAUGUAUCUGUCUGGCGGGGGGAUUCACAUAGUUCUAGCUUACAUAGUGCUGGUCAUGGCCAUGAUCCUGCUGAUCUUCUGGGCGACGUGGAUGGACCCAGAUAAUGGAACCUGGUGGACGGUGUGGUAUAUGUGA